UCCAGCGACGACCUACUCAGUCGACGGAAUGAUUCCUUCCAUCCCCGCGUCCGCGUCCACGUCGCGCCCAUGUCGAGCCGACGACGAGGGCGCACGCAGACGCCACCCCUCUCCCUGUGACGCAACGCAACGAGCCGCGGCACCGACAGGCAGCGUCACGGGCCCGCGCUGCGCGGUCGCAGGAGCGUAGCAGCCGAGCCAAAGCAAGCCGGCCCGUCUGUCACUGGGUCGCGGGCCCCGCCGACACGCCCUCCUGUCCACUGGCGUGCGGCAACCCCGGACGAACUCGGACCGAGACCAUUCAAAUUUUCUUCCACUGCCCCUAGCCCCAGCCCCAGCCCCAGCCCCAGCCCAUCUCAUCCCCCCUGCCUCUGCCUGUCUCCUCCUCCGCUCCGCUCGCUCGCUCCCUCCCUCCCUCCCUCGACCGGCAGAUCCACGCCAGCGAGGAGGAAUUUCCCCGCCGAUGGCGGUCAACGGGGCGGCCAACGGGUCGUCGGGGGCCAACGGGUCCUCGGGCCCGACCAGGACCGUGCUGGUUACCGGAGGGGCCGGCUACAUCGGCAGCCACGCCGUGCUGCAGCUGCUCGCCGCGGGCUUCCGCGCCGUCGUCGUCGACAGCCUCGAGAACUCCUCCGAGCUCGCCGUCCGCCGCGUCGCCGCGCUCGCCGGGGAACACGCGCGGAACCUCUCCUUCCACAAGGUUGAUAUCCGUGACGAGGAUGCACUGGACGCUGUUUUUGCUUCCACAAGAUUUGAUGCUGUUAUUCACUUUGCUGGACUGAAAGCUGUCGGUGAAAGUGUACAGAAGCCAUUGUUUUACUAUGACCAUAACAUUGCUGGCACAAUAAAUCUUUUGAAAGUUAUGGCAGCCCAUGAAUGCAAGAAGUUGGUGUUCUCAUCAUCAGCUGCAGUUUAUGGAUCACCUAAGAACUCACCCUGCACAGAGGAGUUUCCUCUCCUUCCGCACAAUCCAUAUGGCAGAACCAAGCUUAUGGCUGAGGAGAUAUGCCGUGAUAUAUACCGGUCAGAUUCUGAGUGGAGGAUCAUUUUACUUAGGUAUUUCAACCCGGUUGGGGCUCACCCCAGUGGAUACCUUGGUGAAGACCCACGUGGAGUUCCAAACAACCUUAUGCCCUUCGUUCAGCAAGUUGCUGUUGGGAGGAGGCCGUCAGUGACAAUCUUUGGAAAUAACUAUGCAACUAAAGAUGGGACUGGGGUACGAGAUUAUAUUCAUGUGCUUGAUCUUGCUGAGGGGCAUAUUGCUGCACUACGGAAGCUUUUUGAUAGUUCGUCUAACAUAGGAUGUGAACCAUACAACCUUGGAACUGGAAAAGGGACGUCAGUGUUGGAGAUAGUAAAUGCAUUCGAGAAGGCUUCUGGAAAGAAAAUCCCGCUGGUCGUCGGUCAGCGCCGCCCUGGUGACGCGGAGAUUCUCUUUGCAGGAACUGGUAAAGCAGAGAGAGAACUCAACUGGAAAGCAAAGUAUGGCAUCACGGAGAUGUGCAGGGACCAGUGGAACUGGGCUAGCAAGAACCCUUACGGGUACGGGUCACCCGACUCGACCAAGCAGAACGGCAAUUCACACUGAACUGAACAACGCGGAUCGGUCCGUGUGGACUCACCUGUACAUGCAACUUAGUGCCUACGAGCUGGGAUCGGUGUAGAUCUAGUCGGCCAGUCAUCAUACAGAGAAAGUUACGAGAUUAGAGAAAGGUUGCUCUGUUGCUCUUCCGGUAUUGGUACAAAAUCUAUCUUCCUCCUGCAUAUAUUUUUUUCGUCGAGAUUGUUCUAGGAAGAUUUGCUAGCUUGCUAUAGUCAACCAGCUAAUUCAAUUCUUUUACUGCUAAUUGAGUUGCAUUGCCUAGCAGCUGUAUACGAAUCCUUUUUUGUGCCUGUGCUGUAAUAGUAAUUAGACGAGCCACAGUAAUACACUCAGCUUGGUUGUAUCUUUCUUUCAUGCAGCGUGUUGCCCCUCCUGUGUAUAUAUAUCAGAAAUUUAGUCUA